UUCUGGGCGACGCUUAUAAAUGCAUCAAAGCCGCGUUCAUGCAGCUCAUCUUCCUAAACGGCCUGCAGGAGAAGACGAUGUCCAACUCAGACAGGAAGAUGUUGUCCAGCGUUCUGGGACUCUUCGUCCUGAUCUGCGGCUGUUCCGCCAUGUUGGUCCCUAACAUGACCAGGAACCUGAUCCCAAAAGGACAACCAGAAGAAGAGGAAGGCUCGUCGUACGACCCCAACACCUUACGCUGGCCUGAAAACGGGCAGGGCCAAUCUUUGGUUCCGGACCCUCAGUGGCCGUCGGAAACCCGCAGCGGGCCCCUGUGGCCCCCCAGCGGGAACAUGACCAACUACGCUAACGGGUUGCGGAUGCUGGCCACCAGCUCGCCUCUGGUUCCAGAACCAGACACUUCCAUCUGUGACAUCCUGUUCAGCCAGCCGGUGCCGCCGUCCAUCGACCAGAUCCCCUUCUUCUGCAUCUGCUCCUACUGCAAAGGAACCGUGGGGCCCAAAGGAGACCGAGGGGACCGGGGGCCUCCAGGUGAACCUGGAAGUCCUGGAAUGAGAGGGAUGAUGGGAUUCAAAGGCUACCGAGGAUUCACCGGCCCCCAGGGCAUAAAGGGUCAGAAAGGAGAUUCAGGAGAGAAAGGUCAGAGCGGUCCAGCUGGAUUCACCGGAACGAAGGGCGAUCGAGGAUUCAAAGGGGAGAAAGGAGACCAGGGCCUGAGCGGACCUCCAGGUGCUCAGGGUCCCCAGGGAGAGAUGGGCACCUGCCCCGCCUCCUGUGAGAGUGCCCCAGGGGCACCGGGUCUGCCGGGGCCCCCAGGGCCAGCCGGGGCCCGGGGCCUGCCCGGGGUGCAGGGCAUUGUGGGAGCUACGGGUGUGAAGGGCGAUAAGGGAGACACAGGAGUGGCUGGGCAGCCCGGUGCGAACGGUCAGAAGGGAGAUCAGGGUGAGCAGGGGAUCUGUGAGUGCACCGACGGGGCGGACGGCGCCAACGGGGCGCCAGGGGAAAAGGGCAGCAAAGGAGACAAAGGUGACUCUGGUGCACAAGGCAUUCAGGGCCCCAUAGGUUUGAAGGGAGCUCAGGGUAACAUGGGUCUCAUGGGUCCCCCUGGGCCCUGCUCCCCGGCCAUCCAAUCAGCUUUCUCCGCAUGCAUCAACCAGUCGUUCCCCGCUGCCAACUGGCCGGUUCCGUUCCCUGACAUCCUGACCAACGAGCAGAGGCACUUCGACCCGAACAUGGGCAUGUACACGGCGCCCGUCAACGGCACCUACGUUUUCUCCUUCCACCUGGCGACCAAUCAGAAGCCGCUGAAGGUCGGCCUGUUCCGAAACUUCUACCCGGUAGCCAGGGUAACGGAGGCGUCGAGCCUGGCCACCGCCAGCCACACGGUCGUCCUGCACCUGAGCAGCAGAGACCAGGUGUGGCUGCAGGUGAAGGACUCGCUAACCAACGGCAUGUUCACCGACAGCGAAAGCAAAAGCACGUUCUCCGGUUACCUGCUGUACCCCGACUCCUGCGACGCGCCGCUGGGCAGGUUCUUCCACCCUCUGCCGCCCACUGGUGGCUUCUCCUGGAACGGCCCUGAUGGCCAUACCACCACCUCGCUGCCUUAGGCUCCGCCCAGCGACAGGUGUUUAGACGCAGACAGCCAAUCAAAUUCAGUGCUGCACAUUUCAAAGGAGGAGCGUUUGCAGAAUGAGGCUGGUACCGACCGGGAUCAUCUGCAAUAAAUCACAUUUAAAACACGACUUUAUGGUCAUUUCAUCUCUCCUGCGACGGUGGACAGUGUGGAUAGUUCUAAUACUAUCCACACUGAUUUAUCAACAAAUUAAGCAAAAAAAUUGCAAGAUAUCAUAUUGAUGUUUUGAAUAAAGAACCAAUAUCUUAACAUGUACGGCUGAUAUUUUGGUUUUAGCAGCUGAUCAGGCGUGUUCAUAGUUUGGUUUCUUUAGGAAGCUGGAGUAUGAUUAAAUAUGAGCUGUACUGAGUCACAGACAGAUGAAGAGUAAACAUGUUUGAAUGAAAGUCUAAAUAAUCUGACUGUAAACCAGUUUGUGUCCUUUUGAUAAGUGAUAAUCCAAGAAGUUUCUGAAUCUCCAUGGAGAUGAAGAAACGAUUAAAACAAAUUCUCCUCCUUUGAAACGUCCAGAAAAACUCACUUCUGAUUCAACACUGACCUCUGACCUCUCACAGUCAGCUGUAGAAGUUCAGCUUUGCUCCAACAUGAAAUAUUUCCAAAGCACUUUGCAACUGUAGAGUUGAUUUGCUUUUAAUUAUGAAAAUCUGCUUAUUUUCUUAGGAAUAUUAUCAGUUUGCCUUUUAAAAUGAUGCAUGAAUAAAAGCAGAGCAGUGGCUUCCACGUUGUUUUUCAGACAAUAACUAAGGUGUGUCUUGUAAAUUUGUGUUAUGACUGUUUUUAUGGAUAGAUUUAUGUCAUUUUGAAUAAAUCUCCAGUUUUGGAAAGGCGA